AUGAACAUUGGAAGGCUGAAUACCAACGGGGAUGCCCGAAUGUGGUGGAAGAAGGUCUGGAAACUGACUGGAAAGAAGAAACCUUCUAUCAAUCUCAGUGAGCAGGGAUCAGACUCCAAACUCGAAGAUAGUGAUGCUGCAAAUAUGAUUAAUACGUUUUUCGCAGAUCUAACAAAUGAUUUCCCAGAAAUUCAAUCCAGAUGGUCAUCGUACGGUCAUUCAGAUGUCUUGCCGACUGUUACACCGAAAGCGUUGCGAAAAAGCUUUUGUCCAUUCAGUCUCACAAAGCUCCCG